AUGCAACACAGUUACAUCAUAUCCAUCCACACAACAGUCCUAUUAAUGGUAAGAUAUACCUACAGUCUGCUGUCCACUGAGCCCGCCACUGUCGAAAGGCUCAAUUUUGUGGAUUAUAAGUACAGCCCAAACUUCACCAGGAAGCAGGAUGCGGCAAUACAUGAAAUCGCUAGCAGCUUUAUUGACCUUUUGGAAAGUGACGGAUUCGACAUCAUGAGUCAGAAAGACCUCAUGACGUUGGCGUCAUUCCUUGAAACAAUUACUGGUGAAAAUAAAGUGGUACAAAGGAGUCAGAACGGGUUUUUAAAUAUGCUAAAGAAAGGUGGCCGCACCUUGUUCGAGGCUGGCAAGAAUUUCGCACAAAAACACGCAAAAGGUGCCGUGGGUGAUGCUGUGAAAAUCGUUUUCAUGACAUUGCUUAAAAAGGGGCUGCCUGUGUUCGAAAAAACAUACGAGAAUGCCAUGCAAAAGAUACCCAUUGAGUUGAGGAUCACGUACGCGCCAAUGGCAUAUAAUUUGUGGACCGAACUCUUUAAGAGGUUUAAGAUCAAAAUGCCAGCGGGGUACAAUGUCGAAAGAUUCAUAUGCAAGGCGAUGAGCAAGGAGCAAUGUGAUGACAUCAUCAAACGUGUACAAAGUAAACAAGAAGACGAAGAGGAAGGACAACUGAGAGGUGCCAAGCGCAGCAUAUCAAGAGACGGCGAAUAUGACGACGAGUAUGAUGAGAAUGACCCCUCAGAGGACGACAGUGACGACCUAGAUGCCUUCUAA